AUGCGAAGUUUGAAGAACGGCAAGUUCUGCAACAGAUUCACGACUGAAGAGAAGACGAGCUGCCUGGCCACUCUUGAAAAGUAUCCGGACCAGUGGAGCUCCAUGGAGAUUGAGGAGCCCGUCAUGUCAAGGAAAAUUAAUAAUGUCAGAUAUCACCUUACGGAUGCAAGGCUUUACAAUGAGAAAAUUCUUGCACUUAUCACUGAUGAUUCAAGCAACUAUACUCAAAGUCCCUUAACGUCAUCAUUAAAUCUCAAAACUACAGUGACCAAUACAACUAAUUGGAGUAACAGUGUCACGAUGAAAGUGGGUAUCAAGAUGACUUGUACUGCUGGUGUUCCAGGCGUUUCAUCGGGUGCGAUUGAAAUUUCUGCUGACAUUACCGGAUCUCAGAGUUGGGGAGAAACGCAUACAGAAACCCAAGAAGUGGGGUCCGUGAAAACUAUUACUGUGCCACCAAUGACUAGAGUGAAGGGAAGUCUGAUGGCGACACGUGUUUCGUACGACAUACCCUUCGCAUACACUCAGCAUGACGUAUUGAAAAAUGGGAGUCCAAAAGUUUACGAAAAGAACGACGGGGUUUUUACUGGCCACAAUGGCUAUGGCUAUAAAUACGAGGUUGUCAAUCUUCCACUCCAGUAA